UCAUUCUAGUUCAGUAUGAAAGAUCAGCAGGACGAAAUGAAAGCGGAGAUUUCUCAGUUGUCAGAUAAAGUUGGAGAACUGGUCAAUGUAGAUGAACCGACGUUCAAGAAAAACAUCAAGGCUAUAGUGAGAGAGGAAAUUUACGAAGCCAAGGAAAGAGAUUUGAGGAAGAACAAUUUAGUGAUCACAGGUCUCAAAGAGAUCCCUGAUGAAGAAGGCAAUAGUGACGGUAGCUCAGAUGAAGAGGAUUUAACCAACACCGGUCCCUCAACCAGUAAUAAGCGUACUGUCGAACAUUUGAUUCACACGGUAUUAGGGUUGAAGAAUGUUGUGGUCAUCUCGGCGGAAAGGCUUCCGAGGGUGCGAAUACUGGAUCAUAGAAGACUUGUCAUCGCUUCUGUAGCCACUAAGGACAUGAAACAUCAAGUGCUCAGAGUUUCCAAGAAGCUUAGCGAGAAGAAAGGCUGGGAAGACGUUUUCAUCGGUCCUGACCGAACAAGAAAGGAAAGGGAAGAAGACAAGGCCCUCGACGUGAGAGUGGUGAAAGGAUCCUCGUGAUAAAAAAGGGACAGAUCAUCUCCCUCGAAGGAGAAGCCCAACUCCCGAGGAACGCAGAUCAAGAGUCAUCAAACAAAGCCCAUACGACAACAUUUCGGGAUGCGCCCCCCUCAGCAUGAUCACAAGAGGAAUCAGA